AUGAGCAAAACCAACGAGCUCCAGACGGAGAAAGAAGCGGGCAUGGUGAUGGGGGUGAGCGUUUUUGUUCUAUUUGCCUUCUUUUUUUUCCAUUCUUUAUAUUUUGCUAAGACUUUAUUCCAGACGAAUGGAAGUAGUAUCGUUUCCAAGCGUAGCGUUGAGCGGAUAUACUACAAGGAACCUCACUUCUUUCGGCAUUUCGUCAAGUCCUCCCCCCGCAGAGCGCCCUUGAUAAACCGGGGGUAUUGGUUGCGAAUGUAUGCUAUUGAGCAUACGGUCAUAGAGUUCCUCAAAGAGGCGACAGGACGUCCAAAACUAGUCAUUAAUUUUGGAUGUGGAUUUGACCCAUUAGUUUUUCAACUACUUUCUCAAAAUCCAAGUCUAUGUGAAGAUACUAUAUUUGUUGAGAUUGAUCACCACAAAAUGAUGUUGGAAAAAUGGGAAGCCAUACAAAGCAGCCCCGAACUUAAGGAGCUUAUACCCGACGCAGUUUCAUCAAGUGAGGAUGGUCCUGUUAUCCGCGCCAAACAGUAUAUUGGAAUUGGCCCUUAUUUUCCUCUUACAUUCUUAUACGAGGCUGGGUUGAUUGAAGAGUAUUUGCUAACCAACUCAUCAUCAGAUACCCAAUUCGGGUUGUUGGAGCAGUUCUUCCCAGACGGCCCUGAUCAUCCCUUUGCAAGAACCAUGAUAGCGCAUUUCACUAAAUGGCGUGCACCGCUUCAAUCAAUUCACAUAUAUCCCGCAUUAGCCCAGCAGGAGCAGCGAUUCCUCAAAGUAGGCUGGAAGCAAGCAAGAGCUAGAAGCUUGUGGGAAGCCUGGAGUGACCCCAGUUUCAUAACUGCUGGAACACGUGCAUCUCUCGACCAGUUUGAAGCCUUUGAUGAGUGGGAAGAGAUUGCUCUGUUUGCUUCACACUAUUUUUUGCUCAGAGCUAGUACGCGGGCGACAAAAAGCAAUAGCAAUGACGAAGCGAUCGUUAAUACAACUACAGAACUGUUAGAUACUCAACCCCGGAUGACUGCUAACUUUAAAGCAGGUCCAACCCAUCACAGGCGAUUUGGGGCCUUAUUUUCUUUUGGUGACCAGAUUGGUUUUCAUGCGGGGUUGGGACAACAAGCUCGACUUUCGUCUACAGAUACAUAUGUGCAAUCGGAUGCCGCGUAUGCCCACGUAAAAUGUGUACCACGAGAGUCGCUCCCAGCACGGAUAUGCCAUACCAUAACGCAGGUGUCGAAUAACAGAUGGCUAUUAGUUGGAGGCAGAACCGCGCCGUCAAAGGCCUUAAAUGAUACCUGGUUAAUGGAAGGGGAUAGGUGGCGACAAUCGUGUCCUGUUCCAACUGCAACCUUUCGACACUCGGCAACUGCUGUUAUACUUCCUAGUGGCGAAGAAGGCGUCCUUGUUUACGGCGGAAAAACAUCGAAUGGAACCGUUAGCGGGGAAUUUUCCUUGUGGAGAAACAACAGCGGCAUAGAAACUUGGACAGUACUAUCGAAAAAUGGUAGCUCUUGCAUGCCGCGCUUCGGAUCUGUCUUGUCUAGCAUUGGUAAGGGGAGAGGAGUCCUUACUGGAGGAAUGUCUCAAGAUGGCAUAGUGCUGGAUGACUUUUGGACAUGGGAGAUAUCCACCGAUGAUACUGGGGAAAUAUAUAUCCGGUUGACAGAUGAGAAGGCUCGACUGGAAGUUUCUCAUCCACAAAUAUCCAAAUGGGUUAGUCGUUUUGGUUCCACGGCGCAUCGACUUGGAGGGAGCCUUGUUCUCAUUGGAGGAAUUGCUGUUAACGGGUGUAUACCGCAUGAGUAUGAAAUCUUAACCCUGGACCUCAGCGUCUUUGAGUACGACGAUACCAGUGAACUGUCUGUACCGAUAGCCUGGAGAUCUCCUGUCUAUGCACGGCCGCUUUUGGUUGGCCAUAGUUCCAUCUUGGUUGGUGGCGGCAGAAUCUUGAUCGUAGGUGGAGGAGCAGUGUGCUUUGCCUUUGGCACAUACUGGAACAAUGGCACCUGGGAGUUAUCUUCUGGAAGCUCUUAUAUCAGGGAUAAUGAAUGGCGAAUGCUUCGGCCAUCGCCAGAUCCUCCUAUAUCCAGAACGAUGAGAGAUGGCCAACUGUCGAAGCUGGAACAUUUCACCGCCAGCACUGGCAUCAGGAACUAA